UUGUGUCACGUGAUAUCCAACAUGGCUGCGCGUGACAGGAGCGUGGAUCAUGGAGCUGAUCAUGGAUCUGUGGAUCUAGUGAAGCACAGCAGCGAUCAGGACAGUAUCCUGGAGCCCCUGUGUUUCCCGGAGCGUCCCGAGACCAGCCCCUGCCCUGGGUCGGCCCUAGAUCGGCCCUGUCCUGGAGUGGACUGGACCGGCCUGGAUCACCCCUCCUCUGAGCUCCUGGUGUGUCUUUUCUGCCCUGAAUCCCUCUCCUCUCAUCAGAAAGAUGUCCUGCUCAAACAUCUGCUGCUGCAACACAAACUGGUGAUCGCAGACGUGAAACUGAUUGCAGAUCUACCACAAUAUUUACUGUACUGGAAAGGCAGAUUCUUGGAGCAGCCGGUGGAAGAUUUCUGUAGUGUGAUCAAGACCAACUCCCAGGGUCCAGUGGAGAAACAGGAGGAGUAUUAUCUUCUGUGUGAUGUUCUUCCAGAGGACAGAGUUCUCAGGGAAAGGCUCCAACAGAAAAGACUGGAGGACGUGUUGGAGCAGCAGCAGAGGGAGAGAGAGGACACCUCGUUCCAUCGGCCCUGUAUGUUCUGCAGCGAUGAGUUCACUGGAAACAGGUCAAGUCUGUUAAACCACAUGGCCAAAGAGCACUCGUUCAGUAUUGGACUCCCAGAUAACAUCGUCUACUGCAACCAGUUUCUAGACACGCUUCAGAACAAACUGGACAGCAGUUUACAAUGUUUAUACUGUGAGAAAACCUUUCGAGAUAAAACCACUCUUAAGGAUCACAUGAGGAAGAAAUCACACAGACGAAUCAACUCCAACAACAGAGAAUACGACAGGUUCUACAUCAUCAACUAUCUGGAAUUGGGGAAAACCUGGGAGGAAGUGCAGAGUGAAGAUGAUCGUGAGCUGGUAGACGAUGGAGACGAUGACUGGUCGGACUGGCAGGCUCACCCAGUGUCUGCAGUGUGUCUGUUCUGUGAGCAUCAGUCUGAAACUAUGGACCUCAUCUACUCUCACAUGAAGGACUGCCAUGGUUUUGACCUCCACAAACUGAGGCUUGACCUAAGUCUCCAUUUCUACCAGCAGGUGAAGCUAGUGAACUUCAUCCGCCGUGAGAUCCACCAGAGCCGCUGUUACGGCUGUGAGAGCAGGUUUGAGAGCAAACAGGAAGUACUACAGCACCUGACCUCAGAGAACCACGUCAUGAAACUACCACCAAUGUCCACCUGGAACCAGCCUCAGUAUUACUUCCCCACCUAUGAGAACGACGCGCUGCUGUGUACGCUCUCAGACAGUGAUGAAGAUGGAGAUGGAGUCCCAGUGAUCGCUGAAGACAUCUCAAACCUCAGAGCCAUAAAACAGAACAGUGUCCUCAACCAGCUGCUCAAAAACAGAGCCACAUGCAGCUGAAGCCGACUCACUUUAAAUACAGAACUAUAACAUGAUGUCCUGACUAAAGGGGGCGAUGGUGAUAUGAUGAUCUCUGCUGCAAAGAGUCAGCCUCCUGGUGUAACAUAAGAAGAGAAAAGGACCUUUAUUACUGAAACAAUGGACAAAUUUCAUUGUUGCAAAUUAUGAUAGCCUUACAAAAUUAAGAUGCAAAAACUAAACUUCAUUCAUUCAAUUACAAGAACAGAUGAAUACAAAUAUGCAGUGACAAAUCAAAAUACUAUUUACAAAUACACUUCACUGGUGAAAUGGUGAAUGGUCACCUAAAUAAAUCUCUUUUCUACCUUCAGCAGUUCAUAUCCCACAUCCAGCUUUAACAGUCAGUAGAGCAGUCUGAUCCACUGACCCUCACACUUUCACACAAUAUAAAAAUGGAAAGGUGCAAUAUAAAAAUCUUGUCAUUUUCUGUUUAACUCUUCAAAACAAAUGACCAAAGUAUAGUAUUAGAACUGAGAAUCAAAAUCUUCACUUUAAAAUUGAUUGUAUUUUACAAUUUACAAUUCAUCUUUCUUCCAGACUGAUGGGCCACUGUUAAAACAAACCCUGACAUAAAAAUAAUAAACACACUGAAA